UCUCUCUCAACUGAAGAAGAAGAAGGAGAGGAAGCAGGUCGGUGCGAAACGAGCAAUGGCGACCUCAUCGGCGAGCGGAAGAGGGAGCGGCGGCGGCACCAGAGAAGGCGGCGCGAAAGCCAUCGUCGCCGAUCAAAUAUCGCAGGCCGUUCAGUCCACCUCCAAUCUCCUCCACCUCAUGCAGCAGUCCUCUCCUUCCCAGGCCCGGCUCACGAUGCUUCCCAAGAAGCUUCUGGCAAAAACAGCAACAAUAGGGAAUACUGGGCGAGUCUUGGAAGAAAUGCCUCGGGUAAUUUCAGCUCUGGAUGCUCACGUGGAGACGAGUUUGCAAAGUGUUCCUCAUCUGCAAACGGUGGUCCAGUUACUAGCGAACAUGGAAAGCAACCAGCUUAAUUCUCUCUCGAAAGUUCAUUUUGGUCGAGAGGCUUCUGAUUGACGCAUCCCUCUGCCAAAGAAAUCAACUGGCAAAUCAACCUCCUGAAGUGCCAUAAUUGACUUUGUUUCACUGCUUUACAGCUGAGGUGUUAAACAGGAGAUAGAAGAAGUGUGCAGACAGGGUUUUGUCAUGGGAAGCUAAGGCUGUUAGGCUUUAUUGCAUGUGGAGGUGUGCAGUUAUCUCUUCCAACUGCUUAUAACCUCCAUCUUUUUCUUAUUCCUAAGGUCGUGCUGUUCCACCUCACAACCUAAUUGUAUAUCUGAAUCUCUGUAAGUUUCAAGAAUAUUGCGUCAUUAGUAUAUGCAGUCUUGGUGGGGAGUGAUGUUUUCUCCAGAAGAAACAUCCUACCCAGCUGCCAGAAGAGAGUGCAACAUUAAAGAUGCCAUACUUGUUUGAUCCAUUAUGGGCCAAAUAAGCAACGCUCACAUCAUUUGAUGCCCCUAUGAGCUUGACGAAGGAUGCAACCAAGAAGGUUAUUCAAGCGUCACUGAUGCCAAUUAAUCUGAGCUCCUGAUUAAUAAUUACACAAUGGGAUCAUGCAACUAUUCAGUGGUCUUACCGAAGACUCCUGAGCAUAUUGAAGUUUUACAGCCUUAUUCAGUGGUCUUUUAUGUGAGAGGAGGGACUAUACUCCUGAAAUACUUAUUCAUGGGUUUCCCAUUGCUGUUUAUGUACUGUGAUGUGUGUAGUAAUAUGUGUAUUUGGCAAACUGUUACUGAAGCUGCCGUACCUGGAAACUUAGAAGUGGUCGGGUGGUCGGGUACUACAGUCAAGGGGAUGUUGCAAUGAGUGUGUUGCACCUGCUAGAUAUAUACGAAACACCAUCUUUCAAAAAGUUGUUUUACUUUUGAAACUUAGUAGUGGUCUAAGAAUUUUUUUUGUUUUUUCCAGAUCUGUAGAUAAGUUGUGCUGGAUCUGCACUUUGCAUGACAUCUCUACGGGAUUGCUUAUGUUAAUUGGCAAAGGAUGCAUCAACUAGAACGCCGGGUUGAUGGGAAGUUUGAUGGGUCA